AUGGAAAAAGAUGAAUUUUAUGAAAAAUAUAAGGAAUAUUAUGGAGAUGAUAUUAGUGAUAUUCCUUUAAUGGUUCCUGGUCGAAAUAUUGGAUUGCAUGAUUUAUAUUUGAGUGUAUUAAAACAUGGUGGAUAUUCUUGUGUUAGCAGGAAUGCUAAAUGGUUAAAAAUUGCUAAAGAAUUUAAUUUAAUAAAUAAAGAAAAGAAUAUAAAAAUAAUUGAGACAAAAAGUAUCAAGGAAUAUUACUUGAACUAUUUAAGAGAAUUUGAAAGAAUUCACGAUAAUUUAAAAAAAGGAAAGGUUGUAACCAAACGUUAUAGAAAUUGCAAAAGCAAUAAUAGCAUAGAAGUAAAGGAUAAGAAGAAAAAAGGAACCACUAAUAAAAAGAAAAAGGAAAAGGGAAAUGAAAAUUUGAAUGGUAUUGUAGUAAAUAAUUUGGAUGGAGCUCUGAAAAAUAAUUUGAAUGGUAUUGUGGAAAAUAAUAUAUGUGGUGCUCUAGCUAGUAAUUUGGAUGGUGCUCUGACAAAUAAUUUGAAUGGUGCUCUGACAAAUAAUUUGAAUGGUGCUCUGACAAAUAAUUUGAGUGGUACUGUGGCAAAUAAUUUGAAUGGUUCCCUAACAAAUAAUUUGAACGGUACUCUGACAAAUAAUUUGAACGGUGCUCUGACAAAUAAUUUGAGUGGUACUGUGGCAUAUAAUUUAUAUGGUUCUUUUCCUAACAAUGUAGGAAAUAAUUUUACAAAUAACUUGAGUGUUUGUUUACCUAACAAUAUGAUAAAAACACAGGAAUUAAUAAAUAACAACUCUUGUCCAAAUAAUUUUUAUAAUAAUGUGAAUGAUGGUACUUAUAGGAGGAACGCAUUAUCUCUGAAUAUGGAUACUAUGCAUAAUAUGAAUAAUAUGAAUAUAUGUAGAAAUGAAAAUAAUAACGAGAUACCGAUAAAUAGUGAUUAUAAUAUAUAUAACAAUAUAUAUAAUAAUAUACAUAAUAGUGCACGUAGUAAUGUUCAUAAUAACAUACAAAACAAUAUACAUAAUAAUAUAUAUAAUAGUAUACCUAAUAAUAUACAUAAUUGUAUAAAUAAUAAUGUACAUAACAAUUUAUAUAAUAAUAAUAAUAAUUAUUAUUAUUAUCUUCCUAACAUGGUAUAUAAUGGGAAGACGCUUGAAAAUAAUAAUAAUAUGAAUGAUAAUAUUAUUCCUUAUAGUGUUAACAUGACCUACAUGAAUAAUCUUCCUUAUAUGACUAAUCCUAGUAUUUAUACGUAUAAGGAAUAUAUAAAUAACAAUAUAUAUACAAAUAAAGAAUGGGAAGAUAAUAAUAUUUAUGUUAAUAAAACAUAUAUGAAUAAUAAUAAUAAUAAUAACAAUAAUAAUAAUAAUAAUAGUGUUAAUAGUAGUAGGUAUAAUGUAAGGUAUGGCGAAUAUUGUCCUUAUUUAUAUAAUAACAAAUUAAUCCCUCUUGCUCCUUCUAAUUUUGCUAGAAUGAAUAUUAAGAACAGUUUAAAUAAUGACAUGUCAAAAUACUUUAAGCAAACAAAUAUGGGAAUGAUGAACGAUGGGAAUGGGAAUGGAUAUGGAAAUGUGUUAUAUGAUAAUACUUAUAUGAAUUAUUAUAAUAAUAUGUAUAUGGGAUAUAAUAAUUAUUAUAAUAAUAAAUAUAUGGGAUAUAAUAAUAAUAUGGUGAGAGAUAAUUUAAAGACGAACAAGAUGAAUGAUUAUAAAAAGGUUAUACGAAAACUUAACGAAAAUAAAUGUAUAGAUAUAUAUAGGAUACUAUUAUCUAUUCAUAGAAGAAAAGAAAAAGUUGCUGAUUUUAUUUUUUGUUUAAAUUUGUUUUAUUCUAUAUCAAUGAUGAAGGAUAUAAUAUCACUAAAACAAAUAAACAUAAUCAUAUGUUUACUUAUAGUUACGUUAGAAGACAUAUUAAAAAUUUUUUAUCAUAAUUUUAAUUUUAAAAAGAGAUCACUUAACAUUAUGAUUGAAUCUUUUUCCGAAUAUUUAUUAGAUAAUGAGGAAGUACAAAUAUUGGAAUUUUUCAAGAAAUUAAAUAAUGAAAAUGUUGUGAGUGAUAAGGAUAACUAUAUAUUGUCUAGAUUUAACAAAAUGAUUGAUGAAAGGAUUAAGGAUGUGCUUAAGCAAAAAAAACGGAAAAACAUCUAUGAGCAGGAAAUGAUAAAAGAUUUCAUUAUUGAUAAUGAAAAACCUUUAGAUGAAAAUGGUAAGAAUCGUGUAGAUAUAAUAAAACGUUUAUCCCAUGAAGAAAUAAAUAUUAUGGAUAUUUUUAGGUUGUAUUCAUUUUAUGAUUACUAUCGUAAAUAUAAGAAAAGAAAAGUAAAAAAAAUAAAAAAUAAGGAUACGAGCAGAUAUAGAAAGGGAAGUAAUAAUAUGAUAAGCAACAAAAUGAAGAAAAUACACAUAUUGAGUGAAGAUGAUAAUAUGGGGAAUAUUAAUGUAAAUAAAAGAAAAGGUCAUAAUAUGGAUAAUAAUAAAAAUAUAGCUUCUCAGAGUUGUGAUUGUAAUUCUAAUGGAUAUAGUAGUUUAAACAGUUCUGAUAUAGAACAUUUAUUUAGUAAGAAAAAAAAGAAAAGAUGUAGUUUUAAUAUAUAUAAAGAUAAGAAAGAGAAAAAAGAAUAUUUAGCACAGAAAAGUUGUUUUGAAUUUGUAUAUCUUAUUUUAUACAUUUUGAAUAACUUAUUUUUAAUUGAUGAAUAUAAUUUAUAUUUUUCAAAUAUAAAAAUAUAUUAUAAAAAGGAUAAAUAUCAAAAGAUGAAGAAUAUAAAUAAUAAUAAGUCAAGUUGUAAUAUGGUAAGGAAUGAUAAUAUUAUAAAGAAUAAAGAACAAAUUCAAAAGGAUAACAAUGAAAAGAAAAAUGAGAAUAUAACUAAUGAUACUAUUAUGUGCAAUAAGAGAAAAAUAUUCAAACAUAAUGAUAAAGUUGAUGAUGAUUAUUAUUAUAAUAGAGAUGAUAAUAUUAAGAGAUCUAAUUAUGGCUUUAAUAAUUGUAUAGAUACAACAUAUUGUAAUAAUGAUAUAUUUAUAAGAAAAAGAGAUUGUCAAAAGAAUAAUAUUAUUGCAGAUGAUGAUAUUUCUUGUAAUUAUAUUUCAGACAAUUUCGUAUCCUCUUCAUCAUGUUCUUCUUCAUCUAUUAAUAGCAUGUACAGUUAUAGAAAGGCAAAGGGAAGUAAUAAAAAAAUGAAUAGAGGAAUAACAAGAUCUUAUGCAAAAAUAUUAAAUGACAAAAAAACCAAGAAUGUAGAAAAUAUAGAAUGUACAAGAAAAGCAGGAAAUGAUAACCAAGAAAAUAAUAAUUUUUUGUUUUCCAAGGAAGGUAGAAUAUCAAAUACAAGAGAUGCUAUUAAAAAUGAAGAAAAGCAUAGUAAGAAACCUUUUAACAUUUUACAGAAGAAGAGGGGACACAUGAACAUAUGGUGUGAACAAAAUAAUAAUAUUAUGGGAAAAAAGAAGAAACCAAAACAUAUGAUAAUGAGUGAUAAAUUUUAUUCAAAUUAUAAUGAUUCAUCAGCUUUUGUUGAUUGGUUUAAGAGUGGUACACUUAUAAAAGAUAGUAUUUCAACGAUUGGUGAUACAAAAAUGGAUGUACAUAAACUUAAUUAUAUUGCUAUAAAUAAUAAAAUAAAUAAAAAUAAUAAUAUAAAUGAGGGUGUGCCAUCUUAUUAUUUAGAAUAUAAUUUGGAUAAAUUAUAUGGGAAAUAUUGGAAAAAGGGUGGUAAAAAAAAUUAUACUUUUUCAUUAUUGGAAUAUGAAAAAAUAAGUAAUGAUUCACGUGGAAUAUAUAUAGAUCAUAAUAGAAAAGAAAAAAAUGAUAAGGGUGUUAAUAAUGAUUUUACAAAUUGUCGUAGGAAUUUUACGUACCCAUUAAUUAAUGGAACGUUUGAUGAUAUAAGCAUAAAGUGUUAUAGAAAAAAUAAUAUAACUGAACUUUAUAAUACAUGUGAUAAUAUUAAAAAGAAACAAAAUAUUAAUCAUCUUAUGAAUAAAACAUUUGGAAAUGACACAAAUGAAAAUGUUUACAGUUCAUUUUUUAAUACUACUAAUUUUAAUACGCCAAAUAAUAACACUACGAAUUAUGAUAAUAUUGGUUAUAACUAUAUUGUUACUAAUUAUAACACACCACAUGUUUGUAAUAAUAAUCCUGUGUGGAAUCAGAAUGGGGAUUAUUCGGAACUUUGUACUAUUGAAAAGCACUUAAAUAAUACAAAUUUGAGAUGUGAAAUGAAUGGUAUUAACUAUAUUGAUGAUGUGAAUAAUAUGAACUAUGUGGAUGAUGUGAAUAAUAUGAACUAUGUGGAUGAUGUGAAUAAUAUGAACUAUGUGAAUGACAUGGGUUACAUGAACAAUAUGGACAAUAUGGACAAUAUGGACAAUAUGGACAAUAUGAAUAGUAUGAAUAGUAUGAAUAAUAUGAAUUGUAUGAAUAGUAUGAAUAGUAUGAAUCAUAUGAAUUGUAUGAAUAGUAUGAAUAAUAUGAAUAGUAUAAAUAAUGUGAACAAUAUGUAUGAUAUGAAUAACAAUUUGUAUGUCCUUAAUAAUUAUUAUGAUGAUAUGAAUUAUUACAAUAUUCCAAUGAAUAGUUAUAACGAAUGUUACAAAAAUGAAACGUUUUUUCCUAUAUGUCAUAAUAAUAAUUGUUACUAUAAUAAUUUGGAUAAUAUAAAUGAUAAGACAAAUGAUCAAAUAUUAAAUGAUGAAAUUAUAUUAAAUAAUAAUUAUUCUACUGGAGAUAAUUUGUUUUGUUAUAAUUGUUGUGAUGGAAUAUCAAAUAAAGCGUCUAGUAUCCAAUGGGACCAUAAAAAUAAUAUUAUAAAAAAUAAGAAAGAAGGAAUUGAUUUUACGGAUGAAAAUGUUUUAAAAGAUCAUAAUAAUAAAAAUUGUGAAACAAAUAAUAAAGAAGAAGUUAGGAAGUUUUACAGAGAUCUUAAAAAUGAAAUGUAUGAAGAUAUGAAAAAGAUUUUCCAUCGAAAUAAAAUUAAAAAAAAUCAAUACAAAUUAAUGCAUUAUUUAGAUAUAAGUAAGUUCAUAAGUAUCUUUGAAAUUAUCCUUUUAAAAAAUUUGGAAAAUAUUUUAUAUUACGAAAAAGUUGUUGAAAAUAUUUAUAUGAAUAUGUUCAUAUGUAUUGAUAUAUUAAAUAACGAGUUUGAUAAAAAUAUUUCUCUAAAGUAUAUAUUUUUUCCUAUCUGCUUUUUUGGAUAUGAAAAGAAGCUGAAAGUUGUUGUACAUAUGAAUGAGAAAAAUAAGGUCUUCGUAAAAUCCAAAUAUUUAAAUGGGGAGAGCACUAAGUUGGGUACUUCAAAGAUUAAAAAUCAAAGGAGACAUAAAAGAAUAAGUGAUGAUAAAAAUGAGUAUUUGAUUUGUAUGGAAGAGAAAUAUGGUACACAUAAUAAAGGCACUAAUCGUUUAUGUACAAGUACUAAUAAAACAAAGGACCUCUUAUUAAAAGACGACGUUUUUAAAGAGAAUGAGAAGGUCGAUCAAAAUCAUAAUAAUAGUAAUAAUAAUAUAGACACAUCUAUGAAAGAUAAAAAUAAGGAUAAUAAAAUAUUUACUAGAAAAAAAUAUGAUUAUACAAUAAAUGAACAUAAUAAUAAAUUUUAUAAUUGUGAAAAUGCUAAAGAAUUAAAUAAAAAUAAGAUAUACAGAAAAAAAAUAAACGGAAAUGAAUAUAAAGAUAUGAUGAAAACUUUGUUUUUAAAAAUUUUCAAAAAGAAUAAUGAUAAAUAUAAUAUAUAUAAAAGGAUUGAUUAUAAAUAUUUAAAGAAAAAUUAUCAUUAUAAUAUGAAUGUUGGUCAUACAUUUUGUAAAGAAAAAUAUAAAUAUAAAAAGAGCAUAAUAUUAUAUUUACAUGAAAUAACAAAAAAAACCCUCUUGAAAGUAUAUAAACGUGUUAAUAUUUGUUUAAAUAUAGCUACAUUAUCUUUAAAUAUAUUAGCACACAUUUUAUAUUUAAUACCUAAGAAAAUGUUUAUGGCAUCGUUUAUACCUUCUAUAUUAAAUAAAAUAAUAAAUGUAAAAUGUCUAUAUACAUAUUUAAAUGUACCUUUAUGUAUAUUAAAUUAUAAUGGUUUUCUAUUUUUAGAAACUAUGAUGAAAUUUAUUAUCCAAAUGGUUGUAAAUAAUACCAUUCCUUUGCACUCGUAUAUGUUUUCAUAUUUACGUUUAUGUACUGUUCCGUUAUAUAUAUAUUUAUAUUUUGACAUUCCUUUAUCUCACACGUUGAUUUUAACAUCUUUAUCUUCCCUUUAUCAUUUAAUAACUUAUGACCCUCACUUUUUAGCAACAGGAAUGUUAAGGAAAAGGCAACCCUCACAAAAUUCAUUUAGGUUUAACAAAAAAGGAUAUGAAAAUAUUUAUGGAAAGAAAAAACCACAAAAUAAUAAAAAGGGAAAUGUUUGUAAUAAUAUUAGAGAUUUUGUGACUUUUAAAAGAAAGGCAGCAAAGAAUUAUUACAGAAUAAAUAAAUUAAGUGUGGAAAGAAAAGAACUUUUAGAUAAUACGUUUUUAAUAACUAUUAUAUUAUUUUUAAAAAAAUCUAUAUAUUUUAAAAGCAUAUUUAAUUGUGGUAAUAUAAAUGAGAAAGAAGAGUUAAUAGCAGACAGUAAAAAAGUAAAGAUGAUAUUAAAAAAAUGGAACUUGUCAAAUCUAAAGGAAGAAAAUGAAAAAGAGAAAUCAGAACAAAAAAGUGAUGAGAAUCAAUUAAUUAAUGAAAAGGAUAAAUUAUAUUUUUCUAAUAUAGAAAAUAAAGUUUUUUAUUUACAUGAUAAUUUACUUUUAUAUGCAUUAGAUAAUUUAACAAUAUCAAAUAAUGCUAAAGAUAGGAAAAUGUGUGAAAAUAUAAAAAAACAAUAUAUUAAUAAAAAUGUAUCAUCAAAUGAUCUUUUAUGUGAUUUUUUUAAUUCUGGAAAUUCAAAAAUUCAAAAAUUGAGUAUAUAUUGUCAUUCAAUAGUUUCUAUUCUAUUAUUUCUGUCUUCUCAUCCAAUAUUAUGGGAGUGUAUAUCAUCUCACAUACCCCUAAUCACACAGAUGGCAUUUAUUCCAACAGACAUUAGAUGUUCCUUGUGGAUAAUUUUAAAAGAGUAUCAUUUCAGAAGCUUAUCUAAGAAAAAAAAAAAGAAAAAAAAAGGUACCAAUUAUUAUUUUAAUUCAAAGUUGGUAAAGGUUGAAAAGAUUAAAUGA